AUUACUAGGAACUAUGCUUCUUCGAGCUGGUGUUUGGAUGAGUUGUUGGAGAUUAUCAAGUGCAAGGAAGCUAUGGGACAAAUAGUGAUGACUGUUUUUUACGGAGUAGAUCCAUCUGAUGUGCGGAAACAGACAGGAGAAUUCGGGAGGGCUUUCGAUGAAACGUGUUCUCGAAGUACGAAAGAGAAGAGGCGUAGAUGGAGUCAAGCUUUGAACCAUGUGGGAAACAUAGCUGGAGAACACUUCCAAAACUGGGACAAUGAGUCAAAGAUGAUUGAAAAGAUUUCUAGAGAUAUUUCAAACAUAUUAAAUACUACAAUCUCUAGAGAUUUUGAUGAUAUGGUUGGGCUUGAAGCACACUUGGAGGAAAUGAAGUAUUUGUUAGAUUUAGAUUAUGAGGAUGGAGCUAUGAUAGUUGGAAUAUGUGGUCAUGCAGGCAUUGGUAAGACUACCAUUGCUAGAGCUUUACAUAGUUUACUCUCCAGUAGUUUCCAGCUUAGUUGUUUUAUGGAGAAUCUUAGGGGAAGCUUUAAUAGUGGUCUUGACGAGUAUGGCUCGAAGCUAAGUUUACAAGAGCAGCUUCUUUCAAAGAUUUUAAACCAAAAUGGUAUGAGAAUAUACCAUUUAGGUGCGAUACAAGAAAGGCUAUGUGACCAAAAAGUGCUAAUCAUUCUUGAUGAUGUGAAUGAUCUAAAGCAAUUAGAGGCUUUGGCUAAUGAGACUAAUUGGUUUGGUCCUGGAAGUAGGAUCAUUGUGACCACAGAAGAUCAAGAGAUUUUGGAGGAACAUGGUAUCAACAAAACUUACCAUGUGGGUGGGGGCGGGGGGGAUGAGUGGGAAGCUCUAUUGGACAGGCUAGAAACUAGUCUUGAUCGAAAUGUCGAGGGAGCACUUAGAGUUGGGUAUGAUAGCUUACAUGUAGAAGAACAAGCGCUAUUUCGCUACAUGGCGGUCUUUUUCAACUACAAUAAAGAUGAUCAUGUGAUCGCAAUGCUCGCUGACAGUAACUUGGAUGUCAAACAAGGGUUGAAAAUCCUAACCAAGAAAUCACUCAUAUAUAAAUCUACCAGUGGGAAAAUAGUAAUGCACAAAUUACUACAACAAGUGGGUAGACAAGCAAUUCAUAGACAAGAGCCUAGGAAACGCCACAUCUUGAUAGAUGUAGAUGAGAUUUCUCUUGAGAAUGACACAGAUACUAGAGCUGCUAUAGGCAUAUCGCUUGAUACAUCUGGAAUCAACAAAGUUUUCAUAAGUGAGGGAGCUUUCAAAAGAAUGCGUAAUCUUCGAUUCCUAAGUGUCUACAAGACAAGAUAUGUUCAAAAUGAUCAAGUGGACAUACCUAAGGACUUGGAGUUUCCACCUCAUCUACGGUUACUUCGCUGGGAAGCAUACCCACGAAAUGCUCUUCCUACUACAUUUCAUCCAGAAUAUCUUAUAGAACUCGAUUUGCAAGAGAGCCAGCUUGAGAGGCUUUGGCAAGGAACACAGCCACUUACAAAUCUCAAGAAAAUGGAUUUGACACGAUCUUCUCAUUUGAAGGAACUUCCAGAUCUUUCAAAUGCUACAAAUCUCGAGAGAUUGGAACUAAGUUAUUGCAAGAGUUUGGUGGAGAUUCCUUCCUCUUUUUCGGAACUUCGAAAACUAGAGACGUUGAUAAUACACAACUGCACAAAGCUAGAAGUUGUUCCAACUCUCAUCAACUUGGCAUCUCUUGAUUUCGUCGACAUGCAAGGUUGCUCACAAUUAAAAAGUCUUCCAGGUAUUUCUACACACAUCUCAAUACUCGUUAUAGAUGACACAGUGUUAGAAGAACUGCCUACAUCAAUCAUACUUUGCACUCGUCUUACGUCUCUCUUUAUAAAAGGCAGUGGAAACUUUAAGACAUUAACACCUCUCCCUAUGAGUCUAAAGUAUCUAGACCUAAGGUGUACGGGUAUUGAAAAGAUUCCAGAUUGGAUCAAAGAUCUUCAUGAGCUAGAUUUACUUCAUAUAGGAGGAUGUAGAAAACUCAAAUCGCUGCCACAGCUUCCUUUUUCGCUCAAGUGGUUAAAUGCAUGCGACUGCGAAUCACUGGAAAGUGUUUCAAGCUUAAAUUCAUAUGUGGACUACAAUUUCACCAAUUGCUUCAAACUGAACCAAGAAGCACGAAGUAUUAUCCAACAAUCAUUCUUUCCCAUGUUGAGAGUUUUACCAGGAAGAGAAGUGCCCGAAACGUUCAAUCACCAAGCUAAAGGAAAUUUCUUGACCAUCAGUGAUAGUCAUUUUUCUGCAUUCUCAAGAUUUAAAGCUUGCAUUGUGAUUUCCCCUACCAGGUUAAUCACUGAGAGAAGAAGGCUUAUUAGUUUAUUGUGUCGUCUCAUAAGCAAAAACGGUGACUCCAUCAACGAAGUUUAUCAUUGUUUUAGCUUACCUGAUCAGUCCCCGGGAACACAAUCGGAACAUCUUUGUUUAUUUCACGCUAACUUGCUCGAGAGAGAUAGAUGUUUUGAAGUAGACAGUGAGAUAUUGUUCGAAUUUAGCUGCACACCUUCUGACGCCUACGAGAUUGUUCGAUGUGGUGUUGAAAUAUAUGGAAUCGAAAUCGUCCAACAACAGAGCGAUUGGACCAUCAAUGCAUCUGAAGACGAAACUGUAAAUAUUUCUGACGACGCAGAUAGACAUACAUGCAAAUCCGAUAAGGUAUCUGAAGAAGCCAAUGUAAAAGGUCAUAAACGUAUAUGUUUAUGGAGUUGGCUGCGUAGGAGAUAG